CCCAUCAUUGUUGGUUGUCCUAAUUAAACCCAAGUUUGAGAAAAUAAAAUGAAAAUUCUCUCUCGGAAUCUCAGUUGUGCGUAAACUCUCGAUUCAAACACCCACAAGAAUGCGGACCGGGGUUUUGGUCUGUUUUCUCAUUUUUAUUUCCAUUGAGCGAGUGUCGGCGACUUUUUGUUACAUUUCGGAGAUUUACAUUAGUCCAAAAAGUGAGGUUUUCAAUCGGACUCACGAGAUAAAAAAUUGCCGGGAACAGGGGAGGGGGAUACUCCCCGUAGGGAUUCCCCUACCGGAUGAUAAGGAAAUUAGUUGUUUUAAGAUAGUUGGCACAGACCCUCAUGGCAAUUCUGUGGACAUCAAAGGUUGUAUUCCGACCGGAAAUUGCGAUAUUUUGAAACAAUCUCUAAUCAACGGUUUCAAAAUGAUGGAAAACAGAAUAAUUCACUUGGCUGAUGACACGAAAUGUUUCGAAUGUGAGGGAAAUAACUGCAACAAAGUUGCUAUAAUUAGUGCGUCUGGAUUUGUCAUCGCUUUUUUAUUUUUUAUAAACAGUUAUGUAAUAUUUAUUGGGUGAAUUUCGAAUAAACUAUUUUCGAUU